AUGGUAAAAUUUUUCAAUCUUUUCUUUGUAAUAUUGUCAUUUAAUAUCUGUUUAUCGUCAAUUAAUGUGAAUGGUGGUGAUGAAUGUGAAUUUUUAAAUAUGUGUAAAUGUACAAAUUUUCCACUUUUUACAUUGAUCGAUACGAGUUAUUUAUCUAAACCAAGAUCAUUACAGAAUCAAGAUUUAUUUUGUACAUAUUCAAGUGAAUAUAUAAAUGAAACAAAAUUAACAACAUUUGAUCAAUUUAAAUAUUUUUAUUAUCGUUUCCGUACAUUAACAUUUUCAAAUUAUCCAAUUCUACCUACCAAAGCAUUUCGUUUUGUUCAUUUUGAAAGUCAAACUGUUAAAAAAACUCAUAAAACAAAUAAUCGAAAUGUUAUUGCAUUCGUCAAUAUCGUCCAAACGCAAUCAGGUAUAUUUGAAGAAUUAAAUCUUGCAGAUUCUCAGGAUCAACUUAUGAUAUCGUUUCUUAAUUCGCCAUCAUUAGUUUAUACGAAGGGAGCGCUUUCAAAAUUAAAUUGCUACGAACUAAAAUUAUAUAAUACAAAUCCAAAAAUUCCAUUUGACUUUUUUUACGAUACUCAUUCUAUUCAUCAUUUAAUUAUUGAUAAUCCUACGUUUACCGGUUUUUUGUCGUCAUCAAUUACAUUUAAUUUUCCAGUUUAUCAACUUUCAAUAAAAGAUAUAAGUAUUCGUCAUUUACAAGGAAAACAUUUUCCAAUCAUAUUCGAUACAGUGAAAGAAUUAAAACUUGAAAAUUUUAAUGCAAUUGGUGGCUUUCGUUCAUUCAAUAGUCGUGAACUAACCGAAAAGUUUCCUCAGUUAAGAUCAUUGAAAAUAUUUUCACGUUCAAUUCAACAUAUUACUAAGCGAAUGUUUGAACAUUUAAAUCAAUUAGAAUAUUUAACAUUGAAUGGUAUAACAACAAUUGAAAAUGAGGGUUUCUAUAAUUUAUAUAAUUUAAAAGAAUUAAAUCUCGGCCGAAAUAUUCUUCGUCUUGAUCCAUAUGCAUUUUUACAUAUGAGCACAAAUAUGCUUGUAUUAAAUGAAAGUACUGAUUUUCAAUUUGAUGAUGAUAAACAUUUUUGCGUAUUUGCUCAGUUUUCACCAUUGACAAAUCUAAAAACAUUUGUAAAAUUUCCAAAAGCUCUGCAUACAUGUUCAUGUAGCACACGUUAUUUAUAUCGACAUAUAGAUAAAUCAUUUAUGCCAAUGACACCAUCGUGUUAUUCGAAUUCAAGUUUAUAUGUUUUAGCGCAAGAAGAACGUUUAUGUUACUUUGAACAACGUUUAUUACAAUGUCAUGUUUUGCCUAGCGAAGGCAUUACGAUUUAUGGUAAACAUUACAAUGUUUCAUAUUUUUAUCAACAACAAAUAGCAAAACAAAGAAAUCGAUUUACAAUAUUUUACCGUUAUAAAAAUUACCUAUUAGUAUCAUUACUCGUAUUAAUUAUAAUUAUCUGUUUAAUUUUAUGUAUUAUACGACAACAGAGACGACAAAAUAGUAGUGCAUACAGGCAUUUACAUCGUUUAAUAAAACGACAAAGAUUAACAAGUAAUGAUAAUGUUACAACCGAUAUAAUUUAUCAUCGUACGAAUGGCCAUCAAGAUAUUAUAUCAUCAACAAUCCCUAUUUCAACAAAAGUUUAA